GCCCUCGUUGUACCAUGCGCGUGGUAGCAGUGGCGGCCUUGGCUGCACGGAUUGCAUCGGCCGGCGAUCGCUUUCUACAGGCGGCAGCCCAGGUCGAGGAGCUCAGGUUCUUCGGUUUUGAAGCGCCUGUCACUUUCCUUGCUGGGAGCCUGCGAAGAGCUUUCUUCCUGUGGCGCCCAGCGAUCUUUCAACCGCCUCAGCCUGCUCCGCAUAUCCGAAGUGCGUGGAGCGCGGUCUGA